CAGCAAAGACCGAUCGAACUUUAGUAUGCUGAGACACGUUGACUCCGUCUUGUGGCCUCUAAUUCUUUAUAAACGUUAUCUCGUGUGUCCGAUUCUCUUGCGAUUUCCUUUAGACAAAAAUGGAGAAUGAAAACACAACAAGAAGCAGACGAUCUUCCUCGUCUGAGAAGACGAUAAAUGGGCUGGUUUCUGGAAAAAAUGUGCUUAUCACCGGCGGCGCUGCAGGUUUAGGGAAUGCGUUUAUGAAUCAUUUUUUGAAACACGGUACAAACAAAAUAACUAUAUUAGAUAUUGAUGCUGAAACCGGAAAGCGAAUAGAAUCGAGCGUAGAAAAGUCCUAUGGGGAAAAAAAGGUGCACUUUAUCCAUGUCGACGUCUCCAAUUACGAACUUAUGGCUGCGGCUUUUGAGGAAGCUUUGAAUUUCAUGAACGAUAUCGAUAUUGUUGUAAAUAAUGCCGGUAUCUUGGACGAACGACGAUGGGAAAAAGAAAUAGCGGUUAAUAUUGGAGGAAUGGUUUGCACCGCAUUACUGGCUGCAAAAUAUUUGAGCAAAGAUCAACUUGGACACGGAGGAACUUUAGUAAAUAUUAGUCAACAUAUAGAUAUUAAAAGCACUGCUCAACUUCCGAUUUACACAGCCACCAAACAUGCUAUCAUUGGUCUUUCACAAUCCUUAGCGGAUUCUUACCAGUACGAGAAGACUGGUGUUCGUGUGAUAACUCUGUGUCCUGGUCUGACAGAAACCGCUCUCACAGUGAACAGUCCAAACAGAUUACUUUCUCGUGUUAUGAAGGCGGACUUUGUAAAAAAUCUCGAACAGCUGUCGAUACAAACUCCGUAUGUGGUAGCUCAGGGUUUAAUGUCGAUACUGAGAAUCGCAGAAUCCGGUACCAUAUGGGUGAUUGAAAAUGGUCGGUCUCCAUAUGAGGUCUAUGUUCCAAAUCCACGUAGUUUGCGACGUACUUACAAAAACAAUUUCACGCUGGCUGAAACCAAGGUAAUUACAAAAGGUCGACCUAUUAGGGAAGUCUGUGACAAUACACGAACAGGUCUGAUGACCUGCGCUUGACGGCACGAUGGCGAAACAUCUUUGAUCAUGAUGAUCUUGCGCGAUAUUCAAGAAGCUCUCAGACUGGGACCACUACGAUAUGUUGUCGUCUUGCCUGAAAAAUUCUCUUGUAGUAACAUACGUGGAGAAUUUCGAAUGGAAAAUUUGUCGAUGGUCGACGGAAACUAUCAAAUUGCAUAUUUUUCGAUCACUUGAAAAAUUGUCGAGGAAAAGAGGUUCAAGCUGCAGACUGCUUGGUAUUUGUUAGUCAUUGAUACAAUGUUAAGUAUUUAUACAGAUAGUCAUACAUAUAUACUCAAUGUUUUGUACAUAAAAUCAGCGUGACCAUAUUUAAGAGGUUUCUUAAAUAAUUACAAUUAUUGACAAUAAUGAUAUUUGUUUUGUAAUAUGA